AUGCGGCUUCUCAACACCAAAACUCUCCAGAUCGAACAAUUCACCAACCAUGGCGGCUAUAACACCCUUCUGAAAAAGGGCAGUGAUCUCACUGCCAAGCGCCCAACUCCUCGCUAUGCCAUCCUUUCUCACACAUGGGGUGAAGGCGAAAUCACCUUCCAAGACAUGCGGGCCAAAGAUCGCUCCGCAACUAUGAAGAAGUGCGGGUGGAAGAAGCUCGAAGAUAGCUGCAGGCGGGCGGCAACAGAUGGCUUCCGGUAUAUCUGGAACGAUACUUGUUGCAUUGACAAGACCAGCUCUACAGAGUUGGCUGAAGCUAUCAACUCCAUGUUUCAGUGGUAUAGAGAAUCAGCCCUCUGUUAUGCGUUCUUGGAGGAUUGCCAAGGUCCUUUGCCUUAUAAGACUGGUUCAUCGUCCUCUGCUCUGCCCCGGUGGUAUACUAGAGGAUGGACGCUGCAGGAGCUUAUUGCUCCCAAAGUGGUCCAUUUCUAUUCCAAGUCAUGGCAAUUUCUCGGCACCAAGGAUGAUCAUUUAGCUGAGCUCUCAAUGGUAACGGGCAUUGACACUUAUGCUCUUGGAGGUGGUGAUUUGUCACGCAUCAGUGUUGCGCGACGCAUGAGCUGGGUUGCCAAUCGUCAGACAACAGUGGCAGAGGACAUGGCUUACAGCUUGAUGGGCAUAUUCAACAUUAGCAUGCCACUUCUGUACGGAGAAGGAAUAAAAGCAUUUACACGACUGCAAGAGGAAAUCAUGCAAGAGACUGACGAUCAGUCCGUGUUUGCAUGGAACGACACCGAUAUGAGAGGAACUCGCCGAGGCGACUACGGCGAGGGCAACGGGUUGCUGGCACCCACCCCUUCUUUCUUUGCAUCUUCAUCAUCACUUGCAAAGUUGUAUAUCCCACGGCCAGGGAGACGACAAACUACCGUCACGAGCCAGGGCGCUGUCGUGAACCUCCUUCUCUGCCAUGAUACCAGCUCUGGGUCCAACGACAUCUUCUUCGCCAUACUGGACUGCCAGGUUGGGCAUAUUCCGGGUGUUUUGGCCGGAAUCCGCUUGAAGAGGACUGAUGCCUCUGGAAACAACUUCUCGAGGAUAGACACUUCGCAAAUCUUCCAGUUUGCGCGCGUGGAAAGAGAUGAAAGCGUGGCGAUUGAGGGAUUUGACCCAACGCAAGAACAAACGCAGCUGCUAGAAGUGACUUCACGUGCCGUCUUUCGCAAUUGGGCUCCAAGGACUGUUCGCGUCCUGCAGGCCCCAGGUUCUCAACCACAGCUCCCGCCUGGAUUCUGGCUCGUCGCACCGCAGAAUGUUUCUUCAUCUGCGGUCUCUGUUCAAGCGGCUUAUCCAGUGAAAUUGUGGGAUUCUCACAACUGGUUGAUGCAGCCUCCCAAUUCCUCAUCACUCACACCAAAGACGGGAGCUGUACAGCUUAAACUCAACGGGAAGCAGUACUUUCUCAUAUUUGGAGCGGCAAGUACGAGACAGGGAUUAAAGCCUUGGUGUGCACUUGAGCAGAGCUCUGGGCGCAUCUCGUUGGAGCAAUGGUUUGCUCAAUUCAAAGCUGAGAUGGACAAGCCGAAUGGCGGUGCAAGACGAUCGCCAGAUAUUGAUGCUACGAUUCGCCUGGCAAAGGUCUCGGGGCAUGAUAUGUAUGUGAUGCAGCUGCUCACACGAUGA